AAUGUAAUUAUGGUUCCCGGUUAUGUUAUGUCAUCAUGCACACCGGCCACCGCAGCUCAUCCUUAUUGGUCUCGUUAGGGUUUUAGGAGGGGCCACUCGACAUGGAGGCUCUCCGCCGGAUCACCCGCCGUCCUAUUCGGCGCCGCUUCCUCUCCUCCCAAGCCUUCGAUCCGCCGCCGGCCGCCCCUCGCCGCCGUGUCGUGGUUACAGGUCUGGGGAUGGUCACCCCGCUUGGAUGCGGCGUGGGGGAGACGUGGCGGCGGCUGGUGGAUGAACGGUGCGGCGUGCGGGCGCUCACGCCCGCUGAUCUCAGAAUGGACGGCUUCGAUGAGGCCACGGUGAUGCACACCUACGACCAGCUGACGGCCAAGGUGGCGGCCAUCGUGCCGUGCGGAAAAGGGGAAGGGAAGUUCGACGAGGAGCAGUGGCUGCAGUCCAAGGACCAUAGGUCCACAUCAAGAUUUAUUGCUUAUGCGCUCUGUUCAACCGAGGAGGCUCUCAGAGAUGCAAACUGGUUACCAACUGAACCAGAAAAGAAGGAAAGAACGGGUGUUUCCAUUGGCGGUGGGAUAGGAAGCAUCUCCGACAUUUUAGAUGCAGCUCAGCUGAUAUGUGAUAAGCGUUUACGUCGGCUUAGCCCAUUCUUCAUCCCUAGAAUACUGAUCAACAUGGCAUCUGGUCAUGUCAGCAUGAAAUAUGGAUUCCAGGGCCCAAAUCAUGCUGCUGUUACAGCUUGUGCAACUGGAGCUCAUUCCAUUGGUGAUGCAACAAGGAUGAUUCAGUUUGGAGAUGCGGAUGUUAUGGUCGCCGGAGGAACAGAGUCCAGUAUCGAUGCUUUGUCAAUAGCUGGAUUUUGUAGGUCAAGAGCAUUGGCUACAAAGUAUAACCUUCUACCACAAGUAUCUUCUCGACCAUUUGAUUGUGACAGAGAUGGAUUUGUGAUAGGUGAAGGAUCUGGCGUGAUGGUGUUGGAGGAACUGAAUCAUGCUAAGGAGCGAGGAGCAAAAAUUUAUGCAGAAGUUCGAGGCUAUGGGAUGUCAGGUGAUGCAUAUCACAUAACUCAACCACACAUUGAUGGGAAGGGUGCUAUUUUAGCUAUGACACGUGCACUCGAGCAGUCAGGUCUUCAUCCAAAUCAAGUAGAUUACAUAAAUGCUCAUGCAACUUCAACACCUCUUGGUGAUGCAGCGGAAGCUAACGCCAUAAAAUCAGUAUUCUCUGACCAUGCAACAUCAGGUGCUUUAGCACUGUCCUCAACAAAGGGAGCUACUGGCCACCUACUUGGAGCAGCUGGCUCUGUAGAAGCCAUCUUUAGCGUGCUAGCUAUUUGCCAUGGAAUAGCACCACCAACGCUCAAUCUUCUAAACCCAGAUCCUGUUUUCCAUGAUGGGUAUUUGCCUUUGAGCACUUCCAAGAAGAUGCAAAUAAGAGCUGCACUUUCGAAUUCAUUUGGCUUUGGUGGCACUAAUGCAUCACUGUUGUUCGCUUGCCCACCAACAUAGUCUCGAGAGAUUCUGCCAUUUCUCAAAUUCUGUUUGAGUCACCAAAUAGUAUGAGGCGUUCGUUCCAAUGACUGUUGUAAAAGCAUUACAAACUGUGUCAUGGUGAUGUCAAUUACCUUUCCUGUAAUCUAACCAGUUCAUAUGUUAAAAGUAACGGAAGGAAGUUCUUUGAAUCCUA